ACGGUGGGAUCCUGAAGCAUUCGACCACGUUGACCAACCGCCAAAGGGGCAACAAAGUUUCUGCCUUGCCAGCUACCCUGGACACGCUGUCCAUUUACCAGCUAGCAGCUCAGGGCGAGCUUACCCUGCUGAAGGAAAAUCUGCAGAAAGAUGAGAACCUGGUGAACAAGCCGGACAAGCGAGGUUUCACCCCCUUGAUGUGGGCCUCGGCUUUCGGAGAGAUCGAAACGGUCCGCUGUCUCCUGGAACUGGGUGCUGACCCCCACGCCCUCGCAGACCAGCGGGAGAGUGCCGUGUCGCUUGCCAGCACUGGAGGAUACACUGGCAUCGUCGUCCUGCUGCUAGAAAAGAACGUCAACAUCAACAGCUACGACUGGAACGGUGGGACCCCAAUCCUGUAUGCUGUGCGGGGCAAUCACGUCAAGUGCGUCGAGACGUUGCUAGCUCGAGGUGCUGAUCUUACCAUGGAAGCAGAUUCCGGAUACACACCGAUGGACCUGGCUGUGGCGUUGGGUCACAAAAAAGUCCAGCAGGUGAUUGAAAACCAUAUUCUGAAGUUAUUCCGGAACAGAGAGACUGACUGAAAGAUCCCCUCUCUCGGUCCAGGCUUGGCACAGAGGGGAAUAACCUGCCAUGAAGAAGAAAACAAGAAUUGAAUCACACAAUUGCUGUGGCGCCUGGACAUGGGAAAGGGAGGUGGUUGGAAAUUCCAGGAACUGGAACUCUCCACUGCACUUCUUGCCAAGACGACGGGGGGCUUUGGAAAUUAGCCUCAUCUCUCUGGCCAGAAAACAAUGAGUGGGAUGUAUGGCGGUACUCCUCCUGAGUAAGACGAUUCCUCUCCCCCGGUGCUUACAGCCAUGCCAUGCAGAUGGCAGACGGGGAACACAGACCUCCGGAUUGCUCAUGUAAGCAAGU